AUGGAUUGGGCUUCCCCUGCUGCUGCUAGUGGGGGCGCUGUCCAGGAUAAAAGAAUAAAAGAUAAAAGAAUGCACACGGGAGAGAAACCUUACGAAUGCACUGAAUGUGGGAAAAAGUUUAGUCAAAGCUUUCACGGCUCGCCCACCAAGCGGACCGUGCGAGGCGCCGCUUUCGCCGCCAGGGGGCGGUCCGCGCGGCGGCCGAACGCCGCUAAAGGGGAGACCUCUGCGCCUGCGCGGGAGGACUUCAUCAGUCAGAUUGUUCCGCCGUUGACCGUUGCUGAUCCGCUGGGAGAAACGGCGAUCGGUUCCGGUCCUCCAAGGCCAGCCAUUUUAGAGAGCCAGGAGAACCCAAUCCAAGUCUCGGUAUCUUCAGCGGAGCUCAGGGAGAAGAUGGAGUCAAGAAGCCCGACAGGAACCAGCCCUUGUCGUGAUCAGACGGAGCGUUGGGAAGAAUUCGACCAAAGGACCAGGCAGAAGUUCCUAGAAGAAGACCACCUCUCUUCCGAGAUUCACCGGCAGAAUUUCAGAGGAUUCUGCUACCAGGAGUCAGAAGGACCCCGAAGAGUUUGCAGCCGCCUCCAUCGCCUUUGCCGCAGGUGGUUAAAACCAGACAGGAACACCAAGGCUCAAAUGCUGGACCUGGUGCUCCUGGAGCAGUUCCUGGCCGUCCUUCCCCUGGAGAUUGCCAGCUGGCUGAGGGAAUGUGGAGUGGAAACCAGCUCCCAGGCGGUGGCCUUGGCUGAAGGCCUUCUGCUGAGCCAGACAGACCACCAAGAAAGGGAGGGAGGCGCUCUCAAGGUGGAUCCACAAGGUGCAAACACGAGGAUGGAUUCCUCAGAUUCCUCUCAGGAAUCAUCUCUUUUCGAAGGAAUCUCCCAGGAAAACGACAUUUUUGAGAUCUUAGCAGGAUAUGGUCCAUCACCACUGGACCUUGUUGAAAUAUUUUCUUUUUCUGAUGAAGCAGAAACACUCUCUUCAGCUCAGAGUGCUGUGUCCUUCCAGGAUGUGGUGGUGUGUUUCUCCAAGGAGGAGUGGGCUCUGCUGGAUUCCACCCAAAAGUCCCUCCACGGGGAAGUCAUGGAGGAGAAUUCUAGACACGUGGCAUCUCUGGAAGCAGAUGAGAACAGUGAGAAUUGGCAGCCGUCGGAUACAGCGACAUCGCAGCCAACCAGGGCCAAAGUGGGAAAUGAGAUUUUUGAGAACCGUCGGAGAUCAGGAACAUUUGGGGAAAAGAAGUCAGCAUCUAGGAAGAAGAAAUCACCUGCUUCCCACUGUGCUGAAGUCCACGAAUUCCUGACUCAAGGGGAUCACACCGGAAACCAAAACGGAAAUUCCCUACCCCAUGGGGAAAUACCUGGGGAUCAGUCCGAGAGAUGUAAUCAUCGCAAAACUAAAAUUAGAGACAACCAGUGCGAGUGCAAACUGCAAGGAACCUACUCCAGCCAAAGCUUUGCUUUGACUUCAUGUCAACAAACCCACCCAAGGGCUGCAGAGAAACCUGAGACAUUCAAAGGGCGUGGAAAGAGCUUUAGUAGGAGCAGUAGCUCCCUUAAAAGACUCCACCCAAGAGAAAAACCGUGGAAAUGUGCUGAGUGUGGAAACAGUUUCAGGUGGACAAGUGAACUCACCUCCCAUAUGAGAAUCCAUACGGGGGAGAAACCAUUUCCAUGUGCGACAUGCGGAAAGAGGUUUAGAUUGAACAGUGACCUUACCCUACACAAAAGAGUCCAUACCGCGGAGAAACCGUACAAAUGUCUGCAGUGUGAGAAGAGCUUCAGCAACAGCCGCAACCUGACUUUUCACACAAGGAGGCACAUGGGAGAGAAGCCCUACCAGUGUACGGAGUGUGGGAAGAGCUUCAGUUCGAGCGGAUCCCUGACUUCGCACAACCGGAUCCACACGGGAGAAAAACCAUACACAUGUACAGAGUGCGGCAAGAGUUUUAGCGUCUGCAGUGCUCUCUGGAGUCAUAAAAGGGUCCAUUCAGAGGAGAAACCCUAUCAAUGCACAGAAUGCGAAAAGAGCUUCCGGUGGAAAAGUCAACUAAGAUCUCAUCAAAGUACCCACGGGUGGGAGAAUUUGUAUAAAUCCACAGAGAGUGGAAAGACCUUCGGUUUUGGCAGUGACCUUUCUUCCCAUUCAGGCAAAACUCCGUAUAUAUGUACUGUGUGCGGACAGGGUUUUAUUGACAGCGGUGUCUUUCGUACCCAUAAAAAAAUGCAUUCCAUAGAAAAGUCCUAUAUAUGCACGGAGUGCGGAAAGAGCUUCUGUAAAAAUUACACGCUUACUAUUCACAAGAGGCUCCACAUGGGAGAGAGACCUUAUCAAUGCAUGGAAUGUGGGAAGAGCUUCAAUCAGAAGUAUAACCUUACGACUCAUAAGAGGAUUCAUUCUGGGGAAAGAGCCUAUACAUGUGGCGAAUGCGGAAACAACUUUACCACUUCUGGUAGCCUCACUGCCCACACGAAGAUCCACACAGGGCAGAAACCUUACAAAUGCAAAGAGUGUGACAAGAGCUUCAGCUGAUGCAGCAAUCUCUGUCCAUAAAAGCAGCCAUACCACAGAGAAGCCCUAUAAAUGUCCGGAGUGUGGAAAAAAACUUCAAUAGGAGCAUGAGCCAGGACUGUCAUAUGAGAUGCCACACUGGCGAGAAGCCCUAUAAAUACACAAUGCGUGAAAGGAGCUUCAGUCAAUGCAGGAACCUCACUUCCUAUCAAAGGACCCAUUCAAAGGAGAAACUCUUUAUCAGUGUAUGACGUGUGGGAAAAGAUUCAGGCAGGACAGCCACCUUAUUUCUCAUAAAAGAAUUCAUUCUGAAGGAAUCGUGUAAGACGAAGUUCCCCAACCUUUCUGGCUUUGCGGACCGGGGAGGAGGAGAUUCCGCAUGAAUGGCGGGCAAGUGUGCGUGCAGCUCCAUUUCUAUGAAUGGCAGGCACAUGCAGCCACUGCUUGGGCAAAUGGACCACACCCACACGCACACACCCACUACUCGCAUAAGUGGGGAUGCAUGGGUGCAUGCUCGCCUGCCACAUCCACGGCCCGGUUUCGAAUGGCUCAAAGCCUGGUAGUGGGUUGCGGCUCGGGGGCUAGGGACCAGUGGUGGGUUCCUCCCGGUUCGGCCGAGCCAGUAGCGGUGACGAUAUGACAUCACUGAACUGGUUCUCUUUGUUCAGGAGCUCGCCCCCCCGCGUUAUUCUUACCUUUUAUUUGGCCCCACCCCCAAUCUAUUGCUGCCUCCCGAGUCCCAGCUGAUCGGCUAGAAGGAAAAAAACUGUUUAAACUCUUGCCGCGGGGCUUCAAAGGGCCGCCCUAUAGCUGAUCAGUGUUAAAAGGCAGUGUGGUGGUAGACCGGUGCCUCCAAAAACAAAUGGGUAGACCGGUGCCUCCAAAAAUAAAUGGGUAGACCGGUGCCUCCAAAAACAAAUGGGUAGACCGGUACAGCUCUGCAAGCAGUUAAAAGCCUGGUAGACCAGUACCUCUGCCAAAUCCUAAAGAAUUGUCACAUGACCAUCAAGCCACGCCCACAAAAUAAGCCACGGCCACAGAACCGGUAGUAAAAAAAUUGAGAACCCACCCGUGCUAGGGACCCCUGGUGUAAGUGGAAAUGAGUUCCAGUUUUAUUUCUUAAUUUGUUUUAUGUUUCAUAUUUCUAAAUUGCCCAUCUCCUUCAAAGAUGAAUCAUACCAAAGGCAACUUAUAAACCCUACAAGAAUGCACUCUUUCCAGUAAAAAGAUCAGCAAGGGAGAAACCAUACACAGGUAGCCCUUUACUCAUGAUCACAAUUGGGAUCAGAUUUUCUGUUGCUAAGCAAGGGGGUAUUAAGUGAGUCGCUUCCGAUUUUACAAGCUUUUUUUUGUUAAGUAAAUUACUUCAUUUGUUAA